GCCACUGACCCUGCUACCUGGAGAAGAACCAGAGGUUCCAAACUGUUGCUGGGUGAAGCAGCUGUCUUUUUUGGUUUCCAGUAGAAUUCCUAUUGUCGUGAAUUUAUAUGAAGAUGGCCAAAAGAAAAUCAUUGGUACAAAAACUCCUUCCUUUUGGCAUUGAAGCAUUUCCAAUAGCUUUAAGUAACUGGUUAAGAGGAUACCAGUGCAACUCUGGUAUCUAUGUGAUGCUGCUAUUACUUGAUGAUUCGGUGUUCUGUUCUCAGUUUGCCUCACAUCUCACUCACAGAGAGAAAAAAUUCCUUGCUCUUCUGUUUCCAAAUUCUCUAGCCUGUUUUUACACUGUUGUAAAUUUGGUGUGAAAUUCAAUCAUUGUCAACAAAGUAGUCCCUGAUUGGCAAAAUAGUCUCAGAGUAAGAUUAUACCAAACACUUAAGAACUUGGACAAAAGUGCAGUCAGUAAUAGAAAACCAUAUAAAUAUAUAAAACCAUAUAUACAAAUACAAAGCUUUCUUACUUCUUUGAAAAAUUUCAUACUAUCAUAUGGAAAGAAAAGAUUGCUCAUUCAGUAAACAACAGUCUUCAGACAUAAGGCAUUCUCUUUUCAAAGAAACUGCCUCCACUUUUCAAAAGUUGCCUCUUGGGUUUAUAGAAAAUGUCAGGUUGGAAAGGACCUCAGCAGGUCUUUAAUCUCACCUCUUCCUCAAAACAGCAUCAGCUAUGAGAUCAAAUCGAGAUGCUGAGGGCUCUGUUCAAUGUGGUCUUGAAAACCUCCAAGGAUGGAGACUGCAUAACCUUUCUAAGCAGUCCAUUUCAGUGUUUGACUGUCCUCAUCAUGAAAACAUUUUCUCUUAUGUCCAGCCUGAACUUUUCUUUUUUGCCCAUUAUCUCUCUUCCUCUCACAAGCCACACUGUCAAAAGCGUGGUUCCAGCUUCUUAAUGUCUUUCUCACAGGUGUGAGAAGGCUACUGGGGCACUUCCCUAAGUCUACUUGGCUUCAUGAAAGCAUUUAUUGCUUCAAAAAGUUUAAUUGGCCACAAGUGAACAAAGUUUCUUGUUCUAAUAAUCUCUCUUCAUAUAAUUGCAAGAUUAAUUUGAAAUAACCCAAGUAUUUACCACAUUGAAGAAACAAUCAGAGGCCCACAUUUAUACUGGUAUUGACUCCUCCCUAAGCCCCAUGUAAAACAGUAUUGCUAAGCAUGGAGAUUCUCAUUCCUGUCAAUUCACCGUGAUAUCUAGUUGCAUUUGGUUCAAUGUUCAUAUGGUAAAUACCAUUUUUUUUUAUUAUCUGCAAUCGGAAUAAAUCUUUUUUUUUUUUUUUUUGGUGGAGAUUUCUGGAGGAAGUAGCUGUAGAGUACUAGAUAUCAUAUAGAUAUUUCUGGGAUUAAUUGAUACCAGACAUUGUGGAUCAUCUUGUAUUUCAACAUAUUUCCAAUCUUCUACAUGGUUUAUUUCAGAAACAGAUACACAUCCUCUGGUCUCCUACAGCAAUGUAGCUUCUGGAAGGGUCAGGGUGUGACCCAGACUUACAAUAAAGUUCAAAAGCUCUGUUCUCAUUUAUGCUGAGUCUGCCAGGGCUCUAUACACAGUCUGGAAUGGCAUUAGUGAAACCCUUAAGCUAACAAGCUCUUGGUUUGGGCAUUUUACCACUUCCUGGCCACUGCAGCUUUCCAGAGAGCUUCAAAAAGAAAAUUACAUAACCUUAAGUUGAGUUUCUCUUGCUUGGAAGAUGGACAUGCAUAAUUCAAUCUCCCUCUGCCACUCCUACACUUUUUAAGAAAGAGGCUUUGAAAUGGAAUAAUGAGGUUCACAUGUGUAACAGUGUAAGCAUAUAAUGUAAUAUACACUUACCUGGUUUAAUCAAUCACAGGAUGCAAGUAUUUUAUGUCAAUAGUAUAAACAGAGAACACUUCAACAUAAUAAAAUGUUAAGAUCUUGUAAAUAUUGCCUCUACCAAAUAUGCAGGUGGUGAAUACAAAUGCCAAGAAGAUGAACAUCUGGGAAUGUCCUGUUACAUGUAGCAUAUUUGGUAGCUCCAUAUAGAAUUUAUUUGUCUUUUCAAAGUCCAUUUUUAAUAACCACAACAAUCAAACUUCUGUUUUUAGAUUAUUUCAGAUGAAUCAUUUUUAUUGUUGCUUAAGUCAAUGUUAAAUUAUCUUUUUCUAAUAUUUUUUUUCUGUUUCACUUCCUGCAAUGUUUGGUUUGAAAUCUCACCUUUAAGACAAGCAAUGUAAACUGGAUAUUUUUAAGUGCUUACUAUCCAUGCCUUGAUUUGACACCACCACAAUAAAAGUAAAGAUUUCUUUCUCUUUUCCUUGAGUGAAAUCUCAGGGGCUGCACCUGAGGUUGAUUGAAGAUUAUUCUCUGUUCAUUUUUUAGGGCAGCUGCAGUGCUGCCAACAGUGCCCACUGUUGUGGGCCAACAGUGAAUGUAUUUAUAUAGAUGAAGAACACAAAACAAGAUCUACUUCCAAUACAAUAACAACAGAAUUCAAGGAAAUUAUUUCUUCUUCCCAUGCAAUCUGUCUGAGAAAAAUACUGUUGAAACCUUAGAAUUCUUUAUACUUUUUAUCUGAAAAUGCUUCAUGUUUUCACCUAUGUGAACAUAAAUCACAUCAAUCAUGAUUGGUUUAAAUUUGGAGUAAGAACAAGAUCAGAAGUAGAAAAUUGCCAGAUGGCAGUGUCAUGCCUGAAGAAAUGCAAUGGUUCUGUUAUUUAUACUUAACAUGGUGCUAAAAUAAUUUCCUUAAUUCUUCUCUGAAGUGCAGAGUCUAAACGUCAUUCAAGGAGCAAAGCAAAUUAAAAACAGUUAAGUCUUUCCUUGUACAACCUGUUCAAGCUGAAAUGCAUAGCAAGUGGAAGAAUGGAUCCCUGGAUCUUAACAUCUACUUUGUCAACUAGUUUAGUACAGAGAGAUUUCUACCAGAAAAACUAGUCCAGAAAAAUCAUUGUUCAUCAGAAAUUUGUGAAUGACAGGAUCAGCCAAGGUACCUUUCAACCAUUUUAUUACUUAUUUUAGGAACAGCUUAUUUAUGUCAAUGUAAAUUAUACUCCUACUGAUCACAAUGUUAUUUUUUCUGGCUUUUGAAAGCCUGUGCAGAAAGUGAGCAAACCAUGUCAGUUAUUUUUGGCCCAUCCUUUAUUUUGUAUCUAUCCAUGUUUAAGUCUGUUAGGGACUGUAGCAACAAUAGGUGAAGCAGUUGGAGAACCCUGAAUCCUUUGAUUUGCUCCAAGUAAUACAUGAAAAUAUUACAAGUAAUACAUGGAAGUAAUAAAUGAAAAAAUUACUAUUAUGUUGAUUGCAAACCAGGAUGUCCUUUCCAGAAUGGCUCAGAUUUUUUGUGAGAAAAGCUGGAUCCUGUUGGGUCAGUCACAUUGAGGAAGAAAAAUAUGAUAAGCGAAGGAAUGAUCAAGGAGGUUGUGUUCAGCCCUGGGUUCAAAAUAUAUGUCGUGAGAAAUCAUUCCUGAGCUUUGAGACCAGAUGCACCCCUAUGUUCAACAUUGGCAGGAAAAGCAGGACUUCUGAGGAACAGUCAACUUCCAAGUUCAGCUACUCUUAAGAAGUUCUUGCAUUCAGGACUUUUUAUUUCUGUUUGUGAACUCAGGUUUUAUUUAUUUUUUAAUCAGAAGAGCAUUAGAAGAGGAACAGAGAAGUUAGGUUAGACAAUGUGCUUUGUCAUCCUGUCAUCAAAAGCGAUCUGCUAGUAUUGUUAUUUCAGCACUUUCUGUAUUAUGCCUUUUUACCUCAAAACCAAAUUUAAUUUCUGAUGUGGUAAGCCAUGCUGAGCUCUCUCUUCCAUAUUCAAAACUCACACAAAAAUCUUAAGUCUUCAGUUUACUUCCAAAUGUAUAUAUUCGAGUUUCUUUUUUUCCUGUGGCAAGACAUAACUUCUGGGCUGCUGCACACAGUCUGGCUUUGUUUGAUUUCUAUAUUGCAACCUUAUACUAAAGGAGGGAAAAAACAAACCAGUAGGAAUAACUACAGUAUAGAAGUAAAAACACCUUUAUAAUUUUAGUGACCCAAUUCGCAACACCCUCAGAAAAUUAAGAUCCCAAAAGUAAGCCUGAGUGGACAAUUUUCUUAAGGCAUAAUUUAGACUGCCAAGUUUGGCAGCUGGAAUGCUUUGUUGAACUGAACUGAACAGAAUGGGACAUAAAAGAGAUUCAGUGCUCUAUUUUUUCAUUUAUAUCUUAUUAGUUUCAUACCCUUAAUUGUGAAACGUACUUCAGCUGAGAAAAUUUGUCUCAGCCCAGCUAUGCAGAUGGGUUUGCACCCAUUCCAGAAAACCAGUAGACUGUCAUUCUCUUGGCCUGGUAGACAUAGGUCCUAUAAACAACAUGACCAACACCUGGAUCUGUCACCAGAGACAGCCCUGCUAGUAUAACAAGCAGUUGUCCAACAUCCCAGGCUUGUCAACCCUUACCGUGGCAUUAGGUAUGGAACAACAAGCUGUACCUUUUAGUUAUGGAAAUCAGACACAACAGAGAUGUUCUUGUUAGAUACUAAGUAAUUGUCACCCUUAGCACAGACCAAGAGAAGGCCUUCUGUCAGUUGGGCAUCUCAGUUGCUUCAGAUCAGAUUGCUUCAUAAUGUUGAAGUGCUCAGUAAUUUCAAUGCCAUGCUCAGUAAUUUCAAUGCCAAUGUAACUUCUAUCUCCCAAAUGUUUCACUUUUUCAGCUGAAAAGAAAUGCCAGAGCACCAAGGCUCAGAGUCCUUGCACAUUGCACUUCUUUACUGAACCCUUUCUGUCCCUCAGUCACACUGACAGAGUGGUGACAAAAGUCCAAGACGGUCUCCUUGGAGUUGUCCACGAUAGUUUUCGCUUUUCACAGUGCUAAGUAGCCUUCUGCUGCCAGUCAGUCAUCCUCUUCUGGAUGAUGCCUGGCUCUAGGCUACAAGCACAGUACAAAUGGCAAGUACAGGGAUUUUCCCAAAUAGGAUAUGAAUGAAAUAAUUUUUUCGGUCUUUUUCUGUGAGCACUAACUCUUUUUCGAAGGUAGGUGAAAACAAUCUGAAUGCUAAGCAAAGGAUAUCUGUAUCCAGAACAUUUUAACAGGAAGGGAGUUUAAUAACGGAAUUCCAUCCCUAGCCACCUGGCCUUCUUUCUGUGUGUGUGUGUGUGUGUGUGUUUUCUUUUGGAAGCAGUGUGGCAUAGAUGACACUUGCCAUAAAGCUCUUCCUAGAGAAAAAUAUGCAAGCCCAGCUCAUUUCCAGUGUAUAAUAAUCAUUAAGGCUCCCAUGAGUGAACCUCUGACCUUUUUUGGCCAAUGAUUAACCUUAAGCCCUCCUUCCCCCCUUAUGCACUUGGAUUAAAAAGGCAAUAUGGAGAGAGAAAGCAGUAGGCAUUCUCUAACUCUAUGGACUAAAGGGUGGAGUCAUCUGACAAAUAGUUCAGGAGCAGCACACCAGGCAGUGAGAUUGAUUUUAUUAGGGUUAGAAAAGAAAGAAAGGUUCUGUCGUGUGACCAGGCUGAAUUCAGGAUGUUUAUAAGCUCCAUCAUGCUGCUUUUACUGGUGCCAGCGAUGUUUGUAUGGUACAGACGGCAGCUAUUGACUUUUCCAUUUAUUCAGCUCCAUAGUCUUCUUUGUUCUGGAGAGUCUGCUGUAAUUAGAGUUUAUAGCGUUUUCUUGUUCAGAAGUCUAGUGUUUAGUGUAAGGCUUUACUUGUCAAGACUUUAGGAGUCUAUCUGUGACUCCAUAUUCAUAUGACCCAGGGUAAGUCAUAUAACCAGAGUUUUGAUUCAGCUUCCCAGCCUGGAAACCAAUACCAUCCUCAGAGGGCUUCAUUCAUUUGAUUAAGAUUUUUGGAUAAAAGAUGUUUUAAUAGGAGAAAAACACUAUCAUUCACAUUCUUAUUAAGCCGUAAGUGCUCACCUUUUGAUCUGGAUAGAGAACAGAUAUGGAGGGAUAAAAUUUCUCUGUUAGUCUCAUUUCGUAUAGCCCUGAUACCUGUAUGUUCUAUUAAAAAACUCUCCAGGGCAGUAGCUGGGAACAUGGGUGUGUGAUUUCUGGGUGUUCUGGGUAGCACACAUCUUGGGACAGUAACCUGUUAAGUACUGAGCAGGGACUGGCAACAGCAGAGCAGCAGCAUGCCUCUCCUCGCCAUACACAGCUGGCGGAUCAGCUGGACUCCGCUGCUGGUACUGGGGUAUCUCUUUUACCUCCUCUUGGGUGCUAUGGUGUUCCAGCUGCUUGAGAAGCAGGCAGAGACCCACUUUCGGGACCAGUUCCAGCUGGAGAAGCUUAACUUCCUGCAGAACUACACAUGCUUGGACAGACAAGCCCUGGAGAAGUUUGUACAGGUCCUCAUGGAAGCAUGGGAAAAAGGGGUCAACCCAGAAGGAAACUCUACAAAUCCCAGCAACUGGGACUUCAGCAACUCCUUCUUUUUUGCAGGAACUGUUGUCACCACUAUAGGUUAUGGUAACCUGUCCCCCAGCACAGUGGCAGGGCAGAUCUUCUGUGUGUUUUAUGCCUUAUUCGGAGUGCCCCUCAACCUGGCCUUCCUUAAUCAGCUGGGGAAAGGUCUCAACGCUCAUCUGCUUACCCUGGAAAGAUGGGUGCAAAAGCCAGGCCGUGCCCAGGUGGUUCAAACACUGGCAGUGGCCAUCUUCUUGUCCACUGGGACUUUGCUUUUUCUAGUGUUCCCGCCAUUAGUCUUCAGUUAUGUAGAAGGCUGGAGCUAUGGAGAAGGCUUUUACUUCACUUUCAUCACCCUGAGCACCAUUGGAUUUGGAGACUAUGUAGUAGGCACAAACCCCAACAAGCACUAUAUCCCUGUGUACAGGAGCCUGACUGCAAUUUGGAUUGUCUUUGGCUUGGCCUGGCUGGCUCUGGUCUUCAACGUGGGAGCUGACUUGAUGGAAAAAUUCCUUCAACUAAAGGGGCAUAAGUCUGACUCAAGCUUGGCAGAAGGAGGCACCACCAAAUUGGAAGAUGAACCUGAGCAGCGUAGAAUCCAUAUCCCUAGCUGAGCAAGGUACAAAGAGAGCAGUCUGAAACUGCAUCUUUCAUCUGUAUCUCACACUAAGCAAGCCCUGUGGAUAAAGGACUAAACCACAGGUUUUGGACUGUUUCCUAAGGAGGAAAUGUUCCAGAAACAUGGAAAUUUCCACACCCUGUGUAGGCAUCAGCCUACACAAAACCUCCGAAGGAGUAGCUAUACAAUUGUCCCAGGAUUCAUUUAACAAUUCUCACUCAAAAAAGGCAACUUCCCCUGAAGUAAUCAAUUAUUAUCCUUUGUCUUCCUCUAGUGGGAUUCAGUUCUUAUGGUCACUCAUUUUCAAAAAAAUCCAGAGUGACUGCCUCCCAGCUUCAAUAAGAAGUCACAUCAUCAAGAAUCUCAAGUGGAAAAAGUCAGGUACAGAAAUCUUUCUUCAUUUCCAGUCAGAAAACAAGGAAAAGCAUAGAGGAAUAUCAACACUAAUUAAAACCUGCUUAAUGACAACCAUCCAGUUAAGAUUCAGUUGAUAUUGUCUGAAAAGAGCAGCUUUCACAUAAAAUGAAAACAUUUAUUUUCCGAGCUAAAAUGCUUCUCUUUUAAUUGUGCAGAAAUUAUGUGUCUAUCCAGCACUGCCUGGACUGUUACAAUUCAUCUCAAAGUGAACUGGCAGCUCAAAGCAGGUCCUCAUCACAGUUCAUUUCGCAGCCACUUUAACAGCACUUUAAACUAAAUUUAAAUGCAAGCAAAUUUCCUUAUUUCUAGCCAGGUCACAAAUAAUUCUAGAGUCUGGCAUUUUAUUUGGGCCAGUUCACUGAAGAACUACCAUGCUCCGUACAGAUUUGAUGCUGUAUGUUUAUCUCUAAAUAAGGCUGAUGAUAGGCUCUUGCAUUAGAUCUGAUCCUCACUCGAGUAUAGUGUCACCCGUGAGAAAUAGGGAGUUUGAUUUUAUCACAGUUAUUUGAAGUCAAAAGUAGCAGAAGCCAUCUCCAAAGAAGCUUAAAAACCAAAGAAGGACAUAUAAGCACCUUAUAAGAGGAUAGUCACUGAGAUGAAAAGUGUAGUCAUACUCUGUAUUAAAGUGAACUACAGAAACUUGAUAAAACAAUUAUCCAUUCAUUGGGUACCACAUUCAAUUGGUUAUAACCAUCACUGGCACAUUCCAUGGGCAUGCUUGUAAUUAUAUACAUACUAUUUAUUCAGUAUGUUUAUAUCUCAUAGUAACCAUCAAUUAAUCCUUUUAAACUCAUUUAUAAGAGGAACUUUAAUGUAAAGUGUGAGUGAAAUAUGACUGCAUAUGUAGACUAGCCCCAAGCUAGCGUAUGUCUGACAGGCUACAGGAACAUCAAAUAUCAGCCUUUCAGCAGCUGCUUUGAUAUUUCAUUUUGGAGAUGUGUCCAUAAAACAUGUAGAGGCUUGUGUAGGUCACUAAUCUUUUCAUGCAUACUUUCUGAGCUAGAUUUUUACUCCUGAGGAGGGUCACAACAGACAUUUGUUCUUACAUCUGACAUGGUAUUUGUUUUGUUUGCCAGUUGCUGACACCUGCAUAGUGCAGUGUAGCUGUUCAAAUUUGAAAUAUAAGAAUGCUGGGUAUGGUUUAUUAGACUAGCUUCAAGUGUUCAAAUGAGUGUUCAAAUGCUUAUCCCAUCUAAGAUUUACCUCAUGUCUUACCACUACCUACCUCAUAGAUUUUAUCUCCUCUGUUUUUUCACUGAUCUUCCCUAUGCCCUCAGCUAUUCCCAUAAAUUUAUGCAACAGCUUUCUUGGUAGACUUUUACUGAGAGCAGCCAAUUAUCUCCUGUCUGGUUUUUUGUAUCUUUGCAAAUCUCACGGGAGACUUUCUCUCUCAGUAUUUUCUAUUCUUCAGACAUAAUGUUUGCACUUGGACUUUUUAACAUCAUCACCAUCACUGUAUUCUGUACCUGCCUUGUGUUAACUCUACAAGACAUUUUUGGCCUGUUUAUGCGAAAGAUGAAACUAAAGUUCUGCUGACUUUUGUAUUUAACCUGUUCUCUUCACCCUGCAUUUUUCCAUGCCUUCCUUACUUUAUCUAACCACAGCCAGCCACAACACAUGCACUGCUCUAAAGGUGAUCCUAUACAGUGUUUUACACCAUGCUGCAUGCCAUAAAAAAUGAUAGUGAGGUUUAUCAGGGAUAGAAAGCAGUAACUGGGAAAGUGUUUCUUAAAGUUAUCCUUACUUGACAUCUGACAGCUGGAAGUUUGGAAUUUUUUUACUGCAGUCCAGAAAAUUGUUCCUGUAUCUGCUAAUGAUUUUGCAAAGUAGCAGCAUGGUGAGACCAUCUUCUGAAUUUUUUGCUACUGCUGUGUUUAGUAAAGCUGAGAGUAGCUGCAGCAGUUGUCCAGCUGUCUGCCAGAAGAUUUAGAAAGAUACCUUAAAUCAAGCAUAUGGCCACAUUGGAAUAGAAACAAGAAGGAUACUGAUGCCCUCUCAUGCAUUACAUAAGUGAUAGAAAUUUCUUGCUCACUUUGUCAAUUUUUCAAGGUCCUAAAAGAUCCUAAAUGUCAUGCACAUCUGUAAUUGAAGUUAAUUUGAGAUAUAUACUGGGAGCACUGGCCUAGUUCUUGAACAUGGAUGGACCAAGUGCUUUCUGGUAGCCUUCCUCUAAUAAAAAGGCAGUUGUCAAUUAUCAACUGACCAGCUAAGAAAAGUAACGUGGAAGAACUACACAAUCACAAGGGCUUGCUAGGAGCCAGAGGAGCACACAAAAGGGACUCUUCUGGUCUAAUAGACCAUUUUACCAGUGGUACCUUUCUGCACAUAAUGGAGAGUGCACAUAUUUAGCUCCAAUACAUGGAAAACAGCACUUCUGAAGCCUCUGAAUGUAGCUCUGCAGUCUGUGGUGGAAGUGAUGGCUCAGGCAGUGUUCAUCUGUGAUGAGCAGCUACCACUUGCAGUCCAGUGCAGGACAAUAAGCAAAUGUCCUUCCAGGCUUACACUUACCCUUUAAGCCUACGCAACAAGCCCUUCUUCAUCCUGAGAUAUAUUGGUACCUUCCAGACAACAUCAAAAUAUCAUCGGCAAGAUUCGAGCCCUUCUCUGUGGAGAUGUAAAUAGAAGACUGACAGACAAGCGACACUUCUGAGAGUACUCAAGAAAACCAUUUAAAUAUUAUAUAAUUCUGUGAAGAUUUAUUGUGAAUCCUGAUCUCUUUCUCCCCAGUUUCCUAGUAAGCACAUGCUUGAUGUCGUGGGUUUUCACAAUCUAUCUUGUAGUUAAAACUCCUGAGUCUCCCCUGUAAUUUGUUUUAUAUAUUUUUAGUAUAAAUAUUAAAUGCUAUAUGUUUAUUCAUAA